UGAGACAGAUAAUUGAUGAAAUCAAGUUACCAUAGCGACCUCAGCUACUCUAGACUUUCGGAUCAUGUACCGGAGAGACGUAUUGACAGAGAACGUGAGAGUUACACGCUCCCAAGACCAAGUUAUGAUUUAAAGAGAACGGAACCACUAAGAGAUGAUAGGGAUUACAAGGAAGAACGAUUUACAAAAUCAGAAUCUAGAAGAUAUGAAAGUUUCCGACCAGGACCAGAUGGUGGAUCUCUGACAAAUUACUGGGUUCGCUCGGGUAUUCUCAACCCUUUUACCCAGAAAACCCAAAUGCACUUGGGCCACCUAAGAGAGAAUUCACUUCAGUAUCAAAAUCACAGGGAGAGUAACCUGCAUCAAGGACAUUUGAUAGAGGUGACCUUGACCUUAGCAGAGGACGUAGAGAGAGAGUAG